CGCGUGAAGUUGGUAGAAGAAGGAGUAGUUUGGAGAGGAGCGCGCGCGCACAGAGAACCCCCCUCUGCAGCACAGAGAUGGAGCAAACCGAGCUGGUGAAGCCCGAAACUCUGGACGAGCUGAUCAAAACUCUGCACCAGAUCUUCCAGAGUGACCGCAUCAACGUGGAGGAGGUGCAGAACCUCAUGGAAUCCUAUGAGAGCAAGCCUCACGAGUGGAGGAAAUACGCAAAGUUUGACCAGUACAGGUAUACGAGGAACCUGGUUGAUGAAGGCAACGACAAGUUCAAUCUUAUGAUUCUCUGCUGGGGUGAAGGUCACGGAAGUAGCAUCCACGAUCACACAAACUCCCACUGUUUCAUGAAGCUGCUGCAGGGCCACCUCAAGGAGACGCUUUUUCAAUGGCCGGACGGCAAGUCGCAGGGAGACAUGGUCACCAAGUCCCAGAGAGUCCUCCAAGAAAACAAGGUUGCUUACAUCAAUGACUCCAUCGGUCUGCACCGCGUGGAAAACGUCAGCCACACAGAGUGCGCAGUGAGUCUGCACCUGUACAGCCCUCCGUUUGAGACCUGCCAGACUUUUGACCAGCGGACGGGACACAAGAACACGGUCAAGAUGACCUUCUGGAGCAAACACGGAGAAAGAACUCCAUUUGAAACCACAGUUUCGCAGGAAAACAACUGAUGGAGGACGAUGAUUUGAAAAUAUCAUGAAGCUAUUUUCUCGGAAACUGCUGGUGGGGAGCAAAGUUCGGACCAACCAACGACGACAAAGCAACCCAUUUUCAAAUCAAGAGUGGGCUUGUUCAAAAGGACAACCCGCUAAUUAGAAUGGCUUUAUCGCUGCUCAGUGUGAGCUUGGCAAAUACUGAUGAGCACAGGACGAAUGCAUGAAUGGGCUCGGACAUGGAUUGAAUCUGCCUUUUGUUUGCUGGGCCCGAAGAGACCCUUUUUCCAAUAACAACAUUCCUGUCCAUCCUGUGCAACCACACAGUUCUGGCCCACUCUGAAAAUGUAGAAAAAAAAGAGAGAAAACAUUGCUGUAAUAGAGUAAAAAUGAUAUUCUGCAAAAAAUCAAGAAGUUUUAUUGUACUUCCUGGUGAUUUACCACUCAAAUUGUUGAAAACUGUCAAGGAAAGUGGCAAUAUUUGUACAGUUUAAACUACAAAUGUUUGUUUUUUUUUGUCUUAAAAUGUAAAGCUUUAGUGUUGUUUGCGAUGCUUGUAAUUUAUUUGCUGGUUUUUGUUUUUCUUUUUAGUGAAGAUGUCUAUAAAUCAAAAGAAACUCUUAAAUGUUAAUGUAGAUUUAAUAUUUUUGCAUUUAUGUAAGCUUGAGAGAAACCUCUCUCAGGAUUUUGCCACCGUUUGAUUGGAGCUGUACAUAAACGGUCCGAUAUCUCAUCGCUGUCAUUACACACACGUGAUGCUGUAAUAAAAUUGUAGAGCAUUAAACACCCUCGUCCUUUCAUA